UCUUCUUCUUGCGCCUGUACACUUUGAUGUCCCCAUCAGAUUGGCAUGCUGGUGCAUGGUUAAAUAUUUAACAUUGUCCCAUGAAGUGACACUUUCUGAUGGUCUGAAUUGAAGAAUGAUGAUUGGUCUUUUGUCUAGAGAAUUUGCAAUUUUAUUUUUUUAGGCUUUAUUUUGUUAGCUCCUCCUUGGUGUCAGAAUUUAAUUUUCACAGGUCUUGAUGUUGAAAUGGAGAUCAAGGAGCACUAUUUUGAGUACCUGAGAAAGACAUUGCGGCUUACUUUCCAAGAAGGAGUUCGUAUGCUCAAGGCUGGUGUAGAAGUCGAUCCUCUUGGGGAUCUAAAUACGGAGGCAGAGAGAAAACUGGACCAGUUAGUAUGUGAUAAGUAUGACACUGAUUUCUAUAUUCUGCACGGGUAUCCCUUGGCUGUUCGACCAUUUUACACCAUGCUGUGUUAUAAUGAUUCGGCAUACAGUAAUUCAUUUGAUGUCUUUAUUCGAGAUAUUGCGAGUUUCAACCCUUAUAGUAUAAUUUAUUGUUCUCUGUCUCUGGAAUUGGUUGUAUUCACAUCCUUUAACAUUUUGAAUGGCUGUGUUUGUCCCUCAUUCUAUUUAACAUGUCUUUGCACCCUUUCCUUAAAGUUGAUUGUUGAACUUGCUGCUUUCUUGCCCUGUCAAUGAGAUUAUGUUGAUAUCAUAUGGAGACCCUUGCAUUCCCAAAUUCAUUGCCUUUUCUGUUGAUGUUAAUAUUACCAACAUGAGCUGAAGCAGAUCAAUUAGCAACUACUGAUCAACAAGAGAGGAAGAAUCCGUGAAACUUAGGCUCUCUUUGGUUGGAUUUUUAAUUCAAUUUCAGACUGAUUUCUUAAAACAAGUCAACAAAUAGUUUUUUGGUCAAAAUUGAUAUUGUCUGGUUGCAUCAAUUGAAAAUGGUUAGGGGUACGCCUAAAGUGACCAUAGGGGAAGUAGUGAGGAAAGACAUGCAUAGUUUGGGUCUUGCCCCAAGUAUGAACUCAAAUAGAGAGCAGAGUGGAAGGCAAGGAUCCAUGUAGCGGACCCCAUGUAGCAGUGUUGUUACUUAGUUACUGUUAUUGUAUUAUUUUCCUUUCACUUUUACUUUUUCUAUUUUGUCCUUGCACGGAUCCAUGUAGCCAACCCCAUUAAUUUGGAAUAAGAAUUUAUUGUUGUUGUUUUAUUGUUGCAUCAAUUGCAAAUGUUUCAAGAAGAAGAUAUCCUUUUUUGUUAGUUCAAUUUUAAGAAUAGAUUCUCUCUAUUUAAGAUAAUAAUAAUUAGGGCAAGAGAAUGUUUUCUGCUUGCACCCUCGAUACCCAUAGCUUGGCAUGGAGGCAACAGGGUCUGGGUGUAGUGCCAUGCAAGUGGGCAGCUUGCGUUUUCCCUAAUAAUUAUAAGAUGAUGAUGAGGUUGCCAAACUUAAGAAUAUAGACUUGACCGCUCACUAUUUUGCUCUAGCCAUAGAGGGUUUUCAAGUUUCAGCCGCCGCUGUGAGGCUGGGCUGCUCCCCCCCUUUCUCUCACUCACCCUUCCUCCUCCUUCUCUCAUUCUCUCCCUCUCACACUCCACUGUCUUCUUCCUCUUCCUCUCUCUUUCUUUUCUUCUUCUCCCUCUCCUUCUCUCCCUAUCUUUUCUCUUUCCUCCUCUGUCUCACAUGACCAGGAAGUAGCGCUCCACCCUUCCUGACUCAUCGACCAUCUCAGUCAAAACAAUAGGGAAUGAAUUGAUGCAUCGUGCCUCCUCUCUCUAAGUAAUCGCCUCUCUAAUUAAUGGAUCAUGCUCCUAGUAGUGGAAAGGCUAAUCAAAUGAAUCGAUGCAGACAAGAUAGGGAUGCUAUUACUAGCCUCUCCAUAGGCUCUCUAUAGAUGGUAUCUCUCCCUGGAGAUUCGUUUCUGUCAAGCCUCAGAUCUGGUGAGUUCUUGAGCUGCUACUCAGAUCUGAAGUGACAUUGUACUGUUGGAUUUGCUGCAAAUCAGAUCUAAAAUGAUUAUGGGCGAAGUGGUGAAGCAUAACAUGCACAUUCUCGGUCUUGUCGCAAGUAUGAGAUUGGAUAAAGCCCAUUAGAGGCCUAGGAUCCACGUAGUUGACCCCAUUUAGCUGAGAUUCUACUGACUUGUUGGGUUGAUACCUCUUUCCUCAUAUUCUCAUCUAUCAUCUUUCAUCUCUCUUCAAUCUACUUUCAUUCUGCUUUUCAUUUUUAUUUAUUUAUUUCUAUUUUCUAUUUUUUCUUUAAUUUUUUUAUUUUUUUUCUUUUUCUCAUGGAUCCAUGUAGCUUACACCAUUAAGUUGGGAUAAGGCUGAGUUUGUUGUUAUUGUUGUUGUACUCUGUGCAGAGUAUUCUCAAGACUUGUCUCAAAUAUUCAAUAUGCUCUUCUUAGUGUCUUCUAUAAAUCAAAAUAUCAUCGAAAUAAACAAACAAGAAAUGACCAAUAAAAGGAUGAAGCACUUGUGUCAUAACCCUCAUAAAGGUGCUAGGUGUAUUCAUCAGACCAAAAGACAUAACUUUCCACUCGUAUAUGCCAUCCUUGAUCUUAGAUGCGGUCUUCCGUAUUCGUCAAACCAAAAGACAUAACUUUCCACUCCUACAAGCCAUCCUUGGUCUUAAAGGUGGUCUUCCAUUUGUUUAUGUUCCAGAUACAAAUUGGGUUGGUAGCUGCUCCUAAUGUCCAACUUGGAAAAACCUUAAAUCCGGACAGCAUGUUCAGUAUGUCAUCAAGUCGAGGUAUGGGAAACUUGUUCUUGAUGGUUAUUUUAUAUAUAGUCCUAUUGUCCAUACAUAUACAUCAUGAACCAUCUUUCUUACGCUGGUACUGCAUAAGGACCAUAGUUUCCGCGUCGCAAACCAAGGCAUUGGAGGGUUUCCUAAGCGCUUAGGUGACAAGGCACCCGCCUUGAGGCGAACAAGGUGACCAAGUGUUAUUUUUUAUUUUCACUCUUUUCUAACA